AUGGCAAUUUUACAAGAGUAUUUGAUAGGUGGCUUUGACCGUGCAUCAUUUGGGAUCGUGUUUUUUAUGCUUCAAUGCUUCAAGUACAAGUUGCAGUAUCUGAACUCAUCCACACUCGAGGCUACAAAGGAAAUAGUGAAAAACCCUCAUGCGAAACCAAUGUCGAGCGGGGCUCGAACCCAGGAUUCGUUUUUGAUGACUUCAUCAAGAAGCAACAGCAGGAGCAGAAGUAGGAGCCACAGUCGCAGCAGGAGCAGGAGCCGCAGUCCUCGCCGAAGAGAUAGGUUGCGCAGUGAACGUGCACCCCGCCGCAGUCGCAGUCGCAGCAGGAGCCGCAGCCCAUACCGUCGCAGAGAACGGCGUGGCUACAGGGAUCUUGUAUGCAAGAACUGCCGGAGACCUGGGCACUUCGCUAAGGAGUGCCCAUCUGCGCCUACGUGCAAUAACUGUAACCUUCCAGGGCACUUUGCAGCAGAAUGCACCUCACAAACUGUUUGCUGGAACUGCAAAGAGUCUGGGCACAUUGCCAGUGAGUGCAAGAAUGAGGCCCUGUGCCACACCUGCAACAAGACAGGUCAUUUGGCACGUGAUUGCCCUACUUCAGGGGUUAGUGUUAAGCUAUGCAACAAAUGUUUUAAACCAGGCCACAUCGCUGUUGACUGCACCAAUGAACGGGCCUGCAACAACUGCCGUCAGCCAGGGCACAUAGCUCGGGAGUGCAAGAACGAACCUGUUUGCAACCUGUGCAAUGUCUCUGGCCAUGUCGCGCGCGUCUGUCCAAAGACGACUCUGGCUUCAGAGAUACAGGGUGGCCCAUUCCGUGAUAUCCUUUGCCGCAUCUGUGGUCAGCCAGGGCACAUCAGCCGCAACUGCAUUGCAACCAUCAUCUGUGACACAUGCGGUGGGAGGGGGCACAUGUCUUAUGAGUGCCCGUCGGCCAGGAUAUUCAAUCGCGAGCUCCGCAGGUUCUGA